CAUCGAAGUAUGGUUCGAUGGCAUCUUGGUGGGUGGUAAGCUUCGUAGGAGAAAGCUGAGCCACAUCUCCGUACUGCCAUGGCCUCCUUCCCUCUCUUCUCUCUCCUCCUCUUCUUGGCCCACCUCUCUCCCCACGCGUCGUCGGCGGCGGAGCCGGUUCUGGCGGGUGACCUCCUGGACGCGGCCCACGCUUCGGGGUUCGCCGCGUGGCUGCGCAGCGUGCGGCGGCGCAUCCACCAGCACCCGGAGCUGUCCUUCCACGAGUACCGCACAAGCGAGCUCGUCCGCGCCGAGCUGGACACGAUCGGCGUGUCCUACUCCUGGCCCGUCGCCCAGACCGGUGUGGUGGCCACGAUCGUCGGCGGCGGCGGCGCUGGGCCCGUUGUCGCGCUCCGGGCGGACAUGGACGCGCUCCCCUUGCAGGAAUUGGUAGAUUGGGAAUACAAAAGCCAGGAGAGUGGGAAAAUGCAUGCUUGUGGACAUGAUGCUCACACAUCAAUGCUUCUCGGAGCUGCUAAGCUACUUCAUUCUUGGAAGGAUCACAUCAAGGGUACCGUCAAGCUUGUCUUUCAGCCAGCAGAAGAAGGAUAUGCCGGGGCUUACCAUGUCCUAGAAGAAGGUAUUCUAGAUGAUGUGUCCGCCAUUUUUGGUCUGCAUGUCGACCCAAGUCUUCUAGUGGGUACCGUCGUCUCCAGGCCAGGGCCAUUCAUGGCAGCAUCGGGACGGUUUUUGAUAACGGUCACCGGGAAAGGCGGUCACGCAGCAAUGCCUCACCAUGCUGUCGACCCCAUCGUCAUGGCAUCCUCUGCCAUCAUCAGCCUCCAACAAAUCGUAGCUCGGGAAAUUGAUCCCCUCGAAGCCGCGGUGGUCUCAGUAACAUUCAUGGAAGGAGGUGAUGCUUACAAUGUCAUUCCUGAGUCAGCUUGCUUCGGUGGCACCUUCAGGAGCUUGACAACAGAAGGUCUGUCAUAUCUUAAGAAGAGGAUCAAGGAGAUUGUGGAAGCGCACGCCGUCGUGAGCCGCUGCACUGCCAGCGUCGACUUCAUGGAUGAGGAGCGCCGGCCAUACCCAGCCACCGUCAACGACGAAGGGAUGUACGAUCAUGCCAGAUCAGUGGCAGCGGCUAUGUUUGGAGAAGGCCACGUCAAGAUAGGUGGCCCAAUCAUGGCCGCGGAGGAUUUCUCGUUCUACACGCAGAGAUUCCCAGGGGCAUUUUUCAUGAUAGGAACCCGCGACGAGACACUGGCAACCGCGGUGCAUCCACUCCACUCCCCCAACUUUGUGAUCGAUGAGGGUGUGCUCCCGGUGGGAGCGGCCUUCCAUGCUGCUGUGGCGAUGGAGUACUUGAACAAGCGCGGAACCGUGUCAAACUAAACUAAAUUACUGAUGUUCGCUUGAAAUUUAGGAUGCCGCAGUUGGCAGUCUGCCGAUAAUUGUUAGGUCGGGUGCGGGCAUUCAUAGGUAUGAACAUAAUAGUUGUUAGGAUGUGAUUGCGACAUGGAGCUAAGCUUAUGAGUGUUUACUGUUGUAAGAGUCUAACCUCACUUUUCAUUGUGCAAAGCUUUGCACGGUGUGAGUUGGCCUGGUUAUGCAACUCCUUCCAUUCGAAAGACAACUCACAAAGUAAACGUUAGUCUCCACUUUUUGAUUGAAUA